AUUUUGUCCUGUUAUUCUGCGUAGAUCUGGCAACCCUGAAAAGGGGUACGGUGUUGUGUUCUAUAUGUUUCUUUCAGUGUAACUAACGUCACCUUGAUAUACACAUCUACACUCACUGCUAUUCUAGUGUUGCCUAAAGGUUGUAAGUCAACAUGGCUAAGCGUGUUGCUGUGAUUGGAGGUGGAACCUCUGGGAUGACCUGUAUCAAAUGUUGCUUGGAUGAAGGUCUGGAGCCGGUGUGUUUUGAGAGCAGUGAUGACAUUGGAGGACUCUGGAGGUUUAAGGAAAAUCCUGAUCCAUCACGGGCCAGUAUUUACCAAUCUUUGAUUAUCAACACCUCAAAGGAGAUGAUGUGCUACAGUGAUUUCCCCAUCCCGGCCCACUUCCCAAACUAUAUGCACCACUCUUUCAUCAUGGAUUACUUCCGCGUGUAUGCUGAACACUUUCAGCUCAUCCGGCACAUCCGCUUCCAGACAAAAGUCCUUCAUGUCACACCAAGGCCAGACUUCCCUCAAUCUGGCCAAUGGGAUGUAGAAACAGAGUCUGAGGAUGGCAAGAGGGAAAAGCAGGUGUUUGAUGCUGUGAUGGUCUGCACAGGUCACCACUGUCGCCCACACCUCCCUCUACAGGACUUUCCAGGAAUAGACACAUUUAAGGGGAAAUUCUUCCACAGCCGUGAAUACAAAACCCCUGAAGAAUGGCGAGGGAAGAGGGUUGUUGUGCUUGGCAUUGGAAACUCUGGAGGAGAUAUUGCUGUGGAGCUGAGCAGAAUGGCCAAACAGGUUUAUUUGAGCACCCGGAAAGGUUCUUGGAUUAUAAAUCGUGUCGGACCCAGGGGUGUUCCUUCAGAUAUGAGUUUUAAUAUUAGAGCAUUUAUGUGGCUCCAGAAAUUGUUGCCAAAUGGUAUUAUCAACAAUAUGGGAGAGAAACAACUCAAUCAAAGAUUUAAUCACAAACUGUAUGGACUGCAGCCUGCCCACAGACUUUUCAGCCAACAUCCCAUGGUCAAUGAUGAUUUACCGAACCGCAUUCUCUCUGGUACGGUCAUGGUCAAGCCGAACGUGCGAGAGUUUCAUGGUUCAAGUGUGGUGUUUGAGGAUGGCACCAUUGAGGAUAACAUCGAUCUGGUGGUGUUUUGUACAGGCUACACUUUCUCAUUCCCCUUCCUCUCUUCACAUAUAACUCCUGUCUCAAAGAAUAAGGUGUCCCUGUACAAAUAUAUAUAUCCAACAAACCUUGAACACCCAACUUUGGCUGUGAUUGGUCUGAUUCAGCCUCUGGGAGCCAUUAUGCCAAUCUCUGAGAUUCAGGCACGCUGGGCCACGCGUGUUUUUAAAGGACUUUGCAAGCUGCCUUCAAUGAGUGCAAUGCUGAAGGACAUUAAAGCAAAGGAGGAGGAAAUGUCUCAAAGGUAUGUAGCUACACAGAGGCACACCAUCCAGGUGGACUACAUCCCUUACAUGGAUGAAAUUGCUAAAGAAGUUGGCGUUCGACCUGCCAUUCUAAAGUUGCUCCUGACAGACCCUAGACUGGGUUUAAAAGUGAUCUUUGGGCCCUGCACCCCGUACCAGUUUCGCUUGUGUGGACCCGGCCGAUGGGAAGGUGCACGCAAGGCUAUCCUGACGCAGUGGGAGAGAGUCACUAAGCCCCUUAACACACGGCAUGUGCCCGAGCAGAAGUCCCACCGAUCCUCUGUCUCACUUGUGUUCUCAGUUUCUGUUGCAGCUCUGUUCUCUGCUCUGUAUUACUGCAGAGCCAGUCUUUACACACUCGUAUCAGACCCUUCAGUCAUACUUGACAAGAUAAGGGCUUAUGUAUAAUGACCAGUGACCACAAAAUGAUCAUGAAGGUUUGAAACAUGGCACACAUGGCACACAACUGACAGAACAACAAGGGUCCCUUGCCCAAAGUGAGGUCCAAUGUACUAUAUGUGACUUUUGCUCAGUAGAACAGUAUAAAGAUUUUUACGUGAAGCCUUAUCGAGUCCAUAGAUGACAAUACUUUAAAAAAAAAGCAGAUACAGGUAACAAUAAACUAAGUGCUGUAACUCCUAACAAUUUAUUUAGGUCUCAUAAAAUAAAACAGUCAGUCUGUGCAAGUAACUGAACAUCUAAACAUUCUACAACAGUGGUUCCCAAACUGGGGACCCCCAAGAUGGAUCAGGGGGGCCACAGUUUUGUGGCAUUUUAUGAAAUAGAGAAAUUUAUGAUAACUUUUGUGCAAUCAAACAUCAGGAAAAUAUGACCAACCAAAAUUACUGAUGUUCUAGCAUUGUACAGAUAAAUACUUUUUUGUUUUAAAUUAAAUUUGAUGUUUAAGAUCGUCUUUUUGGGGUGUCACAAGUCGAUUUGUUAAAACAACAUUAUUAAUCGUAACCAGCCUUCAUUUAAGAGUUUCUAAAAGUGGGAAUUCUACAGGGAAAAGGGCAACUGCAUAGUUUUGUUUUUAGUAUUAUUUAGUAAUAUUUAGAAUUAGCUUUUAUUUUUAGAUUUGUAUUUUAGCUGUUUUGUUAUGUUUUGUUUAGUUUUAGUUCUAUCUCUUGUUCAACUGUUUUCAUUCAUUAGUUCCCUUGGUUAUUACUUCCCCUUCACCUGUUUCUGUUCCCACUGAUUGCGUUCUCCCUUGUAUUUAAUGUUGCCUUCAUGUACUCAAGGAAAUUUGAUAAUUCCCACUUCAACACGGAAGGAAUGUCUGGAUUCAGUAACAUUAAAAGCCUUAAGUAACAUUAAAACAUUAAUGUAACUAAUGAUUUAAAGAUCACCGUUCCAUAAAUUAUUUGCAGGUUGAAGUGGGAAUUAUCGAAUUUCCUAGAGCAUGUGAAGGCAGCAUAAGACCUGUGUUUGCUUUAGUUUAGUGUCCAGUAUUGUGUUUUUGUUUUACUUGUGGUUCUGUUCCUGAUUGCCUUUGUGGAUUUAUCCAAUGUUUUAACACUUAAUACUCUGUCUAUGUUUUAACGGACGGUCCUAAAGAUAUUUAUGACGCUUUUGCUGAGUGGGUGCUGGAGAGAAAUGGACGGCUUUCUCCAUCUGUCCUGUGGAGGAUAUCUCCAGCCCCACUCAAACCAGAGAUCAGCCAGCCAUCAUCCCGCCUCUUGUAUCUCCCAUGUCCCCGAAUUCUCCUCUGGUUCCGUCCAGCUCUCAACCUUGAGAGGUUGCUCUCAGUUCCCCUGAACUUCCAGUGUCUUCUGUAUCUUCCAUGUCCCCUGGGUCUCCGCUGGUCCUGUCCAGCUCUCCUUCGUGUCUGCUGGUCCCGCCCAGCUCUCCUUCGUCUCCGAUGCUCCCGCCCGAUUCUUCACUUACUGCGUCUCUACUGGUCCUGUCCAGCUCUCUGUCAGCCAGCACCUCCUAUAAAGCCUCGAAGCAGGUCCUGCCCAGCCUCCCCUCAUCUCCACCAUGGCCCCUCAUCCCACCAGCUCCACCAGGCUCCCUUGUCCCUCCGGCUCCGCCUUGGUCUGCCGCCUCGGGACUCUAAUGGCUCUGUAAGGCUCUGUCAGGCUCCUUCUUCCCUCCGACUCCACCUUAAUCUUUGGUCACUCUGGCUCAGCCGCAGUCUUCCCAAUCCCCGCCUCGGUCGCCUGAUCCGCGGCAAUGCCUUGGCCCUCCAGAUCCUCAGUGUUACCCUGACUUUCUGUCUGCUCGUCUCCACCCUGGACUCCUUCUCCAAUGGCUCCAUCUUCGUCAGUCAGCCCCCUAGUGUCGUCAGCCCUUCCUCCACCAUGGCUCCUACCUCUGGCGACUCCACAGCGGGCUGCCGUCCUGGCUGGUCUCUGGAACUCCACCAGGCUUCUCCGGUUUCCUCCUUGGCUCAUCCAACCGUCAACACCCCCAUGUAUCCAUGGACUGUUCCCUAUCCCUUUCGCCAGCCCUCGUCCACAUCCUCAGCCCCUGCUCUCCCUCCUCUGUAGGACUUUGGUAGCGCUAGGAGGUGAACUGUCAUGGUUCGGUUCUGUUAUGUUUUGAUUUAGUUCUUAUCUAGAUCGCUGUUUUUCAUUCAUUUGUUUCCUUGGUUGUUAAUUGCCCCACACCUGUUUCUGUUCUGCCUGAUUUUGUUCUUCCUUGUGUUUGCUUUAGUUCCUUAGUCCCGUAUUGUGUUUAUGUUUUACGUGUGGUUCUGUUCCUGGUUGUCUUUUUGGAUUUUUCAAAUUAUGAAAUCAUUAUUAAAUAACUUUUUGGAUUCUACUCCGUUUUCUGCACUUGUAUACCCACUACACAUUACAAUAUGCUUUUGUCAUUUUAUUAUUUAUUUUAUGUUGCUAUGCAGAAUUAAUUAAUAAUACAUUUUUCAAUAUAAUUUCGCCCAUACCAGUGCCUCUAACUUUCUACAAAACAGUGUGACUAAUCAAAAUAGAACAGCUUCACAAUAACUCCACAUUAGACACAUUAUGAAAAAAUAUAAAAAUGAUGUACUAGUAACAAACUUUCAAAGCAAAUUUGACAACAAAUUUCAAUCAGUUUUGUCACAUGAGAUUUUUACGAGUACAUGAGCUUAGUAUCGGGCCCAAUACGGAUACUGGUGUCGGUGCAUCCCUAAUAAUAACCUUCGGCAUAAACAGGAAGAAGAGAAUAUAGACUUUGCCAAAUAAUGUAUACAUACCGUUUUGUGUAGCUUGUAUCUGCGUUUUCGACUCAACAAAACUGCACAAAAGAAACAAUAUUUACAAAUAGGUUAUGGCAUUUUCUAAAUCACCAAGACUUACUGUUCUACUGCAGAAAUAAAAACAUCAUCUAUAUUUUGGAUGGUCCGAGGGUUAGUGAAUAAUCAUUUACAUUUAGAUAAGCUUUGUAAGAAGGAUAAUGAUUUUUUUUUAUGUUUUUUGAUUGUGCCUUUGUCAACAUCAGGAAGCAGUUAGAAUUAGCAGCAAUACUUAAGGAAAACAUAUAUAUUCAUUUCUGAUUUAUGACCAAGUGCCUUAACAUUUGAAUUUAUUUUAUAAAAUUACUUUUGUAUGUGAUUGUACUACAAUUCUGAGUGAAAUAGUCUCACUCGGGUCCUACUUUAAAUUUGUAGUAAUUUAUAAUAACAGCAAGUAUAAUGAAAAGUGAAUUCAAGAAUUUUUUUGAAUGAAAUGGUGGUUAUCUGUUUAAAUUUAAAUGCACUAAAUGUAUUUACAUUUAUUAAAGAUUAUUUUUAAAAAUGCA